AACGAGUCACACUAAACAGCAAAGCAAAAUCUCUCCUCAAAUAAAAAAAAAAAAAAGACAAAAAUUCUCUCUAAAUUUGGCACCCAAAAAUAUUCAAAGUGUUACCACUAACUAAACUUUGAAAACAAAGGGCUGCACUUUCUCUGACUCAACCAAAAUGGCUGGUGCUGUUAGAACUGUCUCCACCACCACCAAGGAUAAUAAUAUGGAAGAGCACAAGAACAAGAAUAACGUUGUUGAUCAAUGUGAAGAACAUGAUGCUGAUGAUGACAACAAGUGUUGUGAAACUGAAAAGGAAUUGGAUCUUGGUCCUCUGGUUAGCCUCAAGGAACACCUUGAGAAAGAUAAAGAUGAUGAGAGUUUGAGAAAAUGGAAAGAACAACUACUUGGAAAUGUUGAUGUAUCUGCCGUUGGAGAAAGUAAAGAUCCAGAAGUGAAGAUUGUGAGACUGAGCAUUACAUCCCCAGACAGAGAUGAAGACAUAAUAUUGCCAAUUCCAUUCACAAAUGAACCUAAAAAGACACUCUUUGUGCUUAAGGAAGGAAGCAAAUUCCGAAUGAAAUUCACAUUCACUGUCUCAAACAACAUUGUCUCUGGUCUCAAAUACACUAAUGUUGUCUGGAAAGCUGGUGUUAGAGUGGACAGCAGAAAUAGAAUGUGUGGAACAUUUAGUCCACAGCUUGAGCCAUAUGCAUAUGAAUUGGAAGAAGAAACUACCCCUACUGGCUUUUUUGCCAGGGGAACUUAUGCAUCAAGAACAAAGUUUAUAGAUGACGAUCGAAAAUGUUACUUGGAUGUGAGUUACCACUUUGAAAUUCGGAAGACUUGGGGAGGACAAUGAGGGACUGAAUUUGAAGCUCAAGUUAUUUAUUGUUGGGACAUUAUUAUUUUUCCUCAUGUCUCCAAUCUCUUUGACAAUGUUGUUUUAUCUUCGUGUGACGAAUGUUAAUUCAAGUUUAGCUUCUUCUCU